UCGCUCGCCUCCCUCCCUCUUAUCGGAGGAUUUCUCCCCCCGUCCCCAAAUCCCUCCGCCGCCCGGCCAACGCCUUCACCACCCACCUCCUUAGCCUAGCCGGGACCCGACGACCACCACGCUGCCCCACCCUCCUCACGCGCCGCCGCUACUGCCACUCCACUCAGGCCGGGGAUCCAUCGCCUUCUCCUCCCUCCCGCCCGCCGCCGGUCAGAUGAAGGAAGCUUUUCAUCCCCCCCUCACCUUGCACAUGAAGGAAGCUUUCGAUCCGCCCGCCGCGAAACCACCAGAAACACAAAACACUACUUCCAGCUGCAUCAUAAACAAUGUCAUGGCUGAUGUGCUUGCCGACCGAGAUGCCAUUUCCUCGCAGCGCCAAUGCACGCGUCCUGCUCAUAUUCCUGCUCAGCCACAUGCCAUCUCCUCUCAUCAUCCAUGGGAUGGUAUGAAAAGUCAAGACGAUACCGAUUUUCUUCGUCACGCACACACGACUUUGUCACUUCUGGAUUAUCAAGAAAAGUCUUUGGAGGGCAAAUAUGCUACUGACAUUGGGUCUCAUGUAUAUUCCAAGCAAGCGAUAUCACCACAGAGUGAAUAUGAUAGGCAGCAGCCUUACUUUCCCUUAUCGAGCAGUUGUUGGGAAAAUUCUUCUUCAUUGGAAACAAGGCCAGGCAAUCGAGAUACAUCAGGGCAUGCAGGAAUCACAAGUAAUAUCUUUGGGCCGAGGGAUGACUACCUUUCAUCAUAUCCUACUGGUCCUAUUGUGAGAAGAUCGUAUCAAGAAGCAGCUAAAGUUGAUUUUAGCUUAGAUUUUCAUUCUGAGCAUCGCUACGAAGGAUUGGAUCGAUUUACUUCAUUUUCAAAGUGCAAUGGUCAAUCUAUUGAACCCCGCAGUGAGAUAGUUGAUUUGUCCAGAGGGGCCCAUUGUUUGGAUGAGACUGCUUCGUUUUCAAGUCGAUGGUGCUUCAAAAAUGGGGGCCGGGGGCCUUCACUAACUAGAGGACUGGUGUAUGGCGAUGAGAUCCCUUCUCUGUCUAGUCGAAGUUGUAAUGGCAACGGAGUGCUUUCAUCCUCAGGUCCAUGGAGUUAUGGUGCUGAAACUCCCUCGCUCUCAAGUAGACAAGGUUAUGGCGAUGAAAUCCCUUCUCUAUCUAAUCAGAAAUUCAAUGGCAUCUCACGGUCAAGCCAGUGGCACCAUAGUGCUGAAAUCCCCUCACUCUCAAGUAGACAGAUUUAUGGUGAUGAGAUCCCUUCACUGUCUACCCAAAAGUCCAAUGGCAUUUUAUACUCAAGACAAUGGCAGCAGUAUGAUGCUGACAUUCCUUCAUUCUCGAGUAGACAAGGUUACGACGAGGAUAUUUCAGUACUGUCUCCCCAUUGGCGCUUUCGAGACAGGAUACCUUUGUAUUCUGGUCAAAGGUGUCAUGAUGCUGAGGCACGUCGAUUAUCAAGCUACCAGCAAGGUGCUUCUCGUGGGAGUGGGAACCCAAGAGGCUACCAGCAAGGUUCUUCUCGUGGGAGCAGGCACCUGGGUAACAAUUUUGGCCAUGGUCUUGUUAGUAAUCAGCAAGUCAGGGUGACCACAACCAGACAUACUAGCACAAGACCACGGGUGGCUAACAGGGUUGUAAGCAACACUAACUACUGUAGAAAUAGCAAGAAAGAAAACCCAUCGAGAAAUUCUGAGGAUAUAAGGGACCAAGUUUGUGGUCCACGUGCAAGCAAAUUGAACAGCGCAUCAACGCCGUCUACGAAGAAAGACAUCUUGAGCCCUUUGGUCCGUAGAGACCAAUUUAAUAGAUCAGACUUCUCUGUUCAGUAUGAAAAUGCCAAGUUCUUCAUGAUAAAAUCAUACAGUGAAGAUGAUAUUCAUAAAGGUAUCAAGUACAAUGUUUGGGCAAGUACACCAAAUGGGAACAAUAAGCUGGAUGCUGCUUUUCAUGAUGCUCAGGCUUUAACGAAGGAAAAAGGCACAAAAUGUCCUGUCUUCCUAUUGUUUUCGGUUAAUACCAGUGGGCAGUUUGUAGGGAUGGCUGAGAUGCUAGGUCCUGUUGAUUUCAAGAAGACCAUGGACUUCUGGCAACAAAAUAAAUGGAGUGGCUUUUUCCCUGUAGUUUGGCACAUUAUAAAGGACAUCCCGAAUCGGCUCUUCAAGCAUAUCACUCUAGAAAAUAAUGACAACAGACCUGUUACUUUCAGCAGGGACACUCAAGAGAUUGGCCUGCCCCAGGGUCUAGAAGUGUUGAAAAUUUUCAAGACUUAUCGCCAUGGAACAUCAAUUCUGGAUGAUUUUGACUUUUAUGAAGAAAAAGAAAAUACACGCUGUGCACAGAAGGGCAUAGAUGCAGACUCGUUGCAUGAAGCCAGAGUAUCUUACUUUGGAACAGAUGACUUGAAAUCAAUGGGAGACAUUGAGACAAGCAUGGAGAGUAUCAAUCUCCACGAGCCUUGGGACUAAUCCAGACCGAUCUCUGUCACGUUGCAAAAUAUGACAAGUCAGUGACAUGGCUGACCACCCAACAAGUGGACACUACACAAAUUAACUGAAAAUAUGCUAUAGAAUGUUUGCACUUUCUAUGGACCCAGAUAUAUCGUUGUUGAGACAUGCUAUAGAAUGUUUGUACUUUGUGGACCUGAUAUAUAGUCGUUGGUACAACUUAGAUAGCUA